GCCCGGUCCGGUCCUGCCCGAGCGACGGGAUGGAGAAGCUGCGGCGAGUGCUGACCGGGCAGGAGGACGAAGAGCAGGGACUGACGGCGCAGGUCCUUGAUGCCACAACACUCAGCUUUGGGACUCGCGUCAAAUUGUUUGCCGUAUGUUUUGUUGCUGGCAUUGUGUUUUCUAUUCUUGGAACAUUGCUAUGGCUCCCAAAAGGGAUCAAACUUUUUGCGGUGUUUUACACCCUGGGAAAUAUCGCUGCGUUAGCCAGUACGUGUUUCCUGAUGGGGCCACUGAAGCAAUUGAAAGCAAUGUUUGAACCAAAAAGAUUAAUAGCUACACUUGUGAUGUUGCUUUUCCUAUCAUUGACUCUGUGUGCUGCUUUCUGGUGGAACAAUAAAGGCUUGGCACUGUUAUUCUGCAUAUUGCAGUUCUUGGCAAUGACCUGGUAUAGUCUGUCAUAUAUUCCUUUUGCAAGGGAUGCUGUGAUUAAAUGCUUCUCAUCUUGUCUAGGGUAAAUUAAAACCAGGAACCGCUGUAUGCUUUGAAAGUCAACUUUAUUCUUCUGUGAAUUUUGCUUGGAAAACUAUACUUUUCCACUCAUUAAAUACCCAGUAACAAUUUAGUAUUUUCCUUGCCUAUUGCAUUUGGGGAAUUAAAUAAUUUUUACUAGAAACAGUUUUAAAAAUACAUUGGUUGAACUGUUUUUGUUUACCUUGGAACUUUUAGUCUUUUUUAAACAAUAAAAUUACAUGUAAAUACCCUGUGGAGAGUAGUCUUAGAACUA